AUGUUCGAUAAAGAUAAAAAAACAACGUUCAAGAGGAAAUUUAUUUCUUUAGAAGUAAAGAUACAAAUCUUGGAUCGUCUUUUGAAAGGAGAAAAAGCAUCUCACAUUGGAAAAAGCCUUAAUUUGAAUGAAGAAACAGUCCGGACUAUCAAGAAAAAUGAAAAAGAAAUAAGAAGUGCAGUUGCUGCAGGAUCUUUGACAUCCGCAAAACGUGCAGCUCGCCCCCGGGCGCCAGUAAUUGAGAAAAUGGAAAAGGCACUCAGCAUUUGGAUUGGUGAUUGCUGUCAAAAAAGAAUUCCAUUAGAUGGCAAUAUCAUCAAACAAAAAGCACUAAAAAUUUACAAACAUCUUAAAGAACAAGGAGAAUCCUCUGUCAACCCAGAUUUUGUGGCAAGAGAAUCUGCGUCGGCUGAUCAUGAAGCCGCUAGGACGUGUCUAGAAAAAAUUCAAAACAUUAUAGAAGAGCAAAGAUACACAGCAGAUAAAGUUUUCAAUGCCGACGAAACUGGGCUUUGGUGGAAAAAAAUGCCCAGUAGAACCUUUAUAUCGAAAAAAGAAAACACAGCACCCGGUUUUAAGGUGUCUAAAGAUCGUCUAAUGCUCCUUUUGUGCAGUAAUGCAUCGGGGGUCUUCAUGACAAAACCCUUGUUAGUUUAUAGAUCUUUAAAUUCUCGUGCACUUAAAGGCGUAAAUAGAAACACCUUACCAGUAUAUUGGAAAGCAAAUCCAAGAGCUUGGGUAACUGGAAAUUUAUUUAAAGAUUGGUUUUUAAAUUGUUUUGUGCCAAACGUCGAACGUUAUUUAAGACAGAAAAAUUUGAGCUUCAAGGCGCUAUUACUAUUAGAUAAUGCUCCAUGUCACCCACAAGAUAUGAAUAAUCCAAACGUCAAAAUACUGUUCCUACCACCUAACACUACUUCGUUGCUCCAACCAUUGGAUCAAGGCAUUAUUUAUACCUCUAAAACGUAUUACAUAAGAAGAGGAUUACGGUGGAUUUUAGACGUAACCGAUUCAAAAUCAAUUAAUGUAAUGGAAGCUUGGAAGAAAUUUUCAAUCAAGCACUGUAUCGACAUCAUACCUUUGUCGCUGAAAGAACUGAAAACAUCAACGUUAAAUGUGUGUUGGAAGAAGAUAUGGCCCUCUUCAGUUGAAAUAGAAAACGUGCGUGACUCGUCAGAAAAUGAAAUUGGUGGCAUAUUAGAACUUUCUAAAUCAAUCGGAGGCGAAGGUUUUGUGGAUAUAGCUAUUGAAGACGUUCAAGAUUUAUUAGUGGAAGAAGAAGUUGACGAAGCGGAUUUGAUAGAAAUGGCACCCGAAGCUGUAAAUCAAAUCGAUUCUGAGGACACUAGCACUGAUGAAGAUUGUGCAGUUAAUAAUUUAACAUUAAAAAAAUUACAAGAAGGCCUAAGCUUAGCUGAAAAUCUCGAGACAUUUUUCUUGGAUGCAGACUCUUCUACUGAAAAAAGCCGAAAAUUCAAAAGGGAGCUGCAAAACUGUCUAGCUCCAUACCGAGAAAUUUACAAUGACCUGGUAAGAACCAGUAACCAAAGUACAAUUACAGAUUUUUUUAAGAGGGAAGAAGAUGCAGGAACUUUAAAUGAAGAAAAAAGUUCUGAAAGUGAAGACGAUAUCAUUCCAUCGCAAAAACGUUCUCGGUUGAUUAUACUGAGCAAUGACGACGAAGAAAUUGAUUAA